CGUGUCUUUGGUGAAUAAAGCCGUGGUGGACUACUUCUUUGUGGAAAUAGGUGUGGAAAAGCACUUUGAGGUUCUGCGCCACUUCUUGCUGAUGGAAGAUGGCGAGUUUGCACAGUCGCUCAGCGAUCUGCUCUUUGAAAAGAUGGUCAGUGGUCAGACACCUGGCGAGCUGCUCACCCCUCUGGUCCUCAACUCCAUCCUCAGUAAGGCGCUGCAGUACAGCUUACACGGGGACACGCCUUUAGCCGCAAACUUUACGUUUGCCCUCCGCUUCCUUCCGGAGACCUUUCACCCCCACGCGCCCGACUCUCUGAACUGUCUGGAGCUGCGCUACAAGGUGAGGCUGAUGGGAAAAAAAAACACACAUGCUCAUCUUAUUUUGGGAUUUAGAAAAGAAUGCAGUCAAAACAGUUUUGAGGAUGCCAUUGUUUCUAAAUUGGAUUCAGAAGACAGAAAAGAGGAAAAAUUGUGUUUAUAA